AUGUCUGCGGUCACGGCUUCCACCGGCGGCCGCGGGCACGACGACGACAGCGGCGACAUUUCUCUCUCGCGACCCCCCGAUAAGCGGCCCUUGGCAGCGGGACCGGCAAUGCCAACUCCACGCAACCUACAGCACUCUGGCAUAGUGCGGAGCAGCUCGGCUCGCCUCGACCGUCCCCCAGACGGCGACGUUGGCGAGCGCGCCCGCAGCACGACCGGAUACCGUGCAACUGCGUCACCGAGCCCGAGCCCAACCCCAACCCCAACGACGACCCCGACUCCGCGUCGCCAAGUCUCGGAAUCUCCCCUCUCCCCAUUACAUGCGCGGAGAAUGACGCGCUCGCGGUCCCUCAACGUCCGCAUCCCCUCCAUCGACUUGACGGCCAAGUCGGUCCAAUCGUCCACCUCGGCGACGUACCUCGCCCCCGAGAUAUCUGCGCCGGCACCGUCACCCCGUCCGCCACCGCUAAUUGAUGACGAGACGGCAUCAAGCAUGGCGCGGUGGGUCAAGGAAAUUGUCGUGUGUAAUUUCGACCUCGAACGGGGUCCUGUUGUCGAGCGCCGAGCUGGCGGGCGGAGGUGGGGACCUGGCGUUAAAGAAAACGUUGCGUUCUCGUCUUUUCCAGAUACGUCUUUAUUCACAGAGGGAAGCAUACAAUUCAGCUUCAAGAUCCGGCACGUACCCCCAGACCCAGCAGCGUUGGCCUUUCCCGAACCCCCAUCGCCCAAUCCCGCCGCUGAGAGCUUUAGCGACGCCGUUCUUCCGGAGAAGAGGGACCGCGCGGACGAGUAUAGGAAAUGGGACGAGCGAGGCCGAGAGUGGAUGUACGGCUUUGUGUGGUUCCAACAACGCCGGGAUCGCGGCAUUGCAAGAGGAUACAUGCAAAAAUCGGUCGUCAUCCUCACCCACCUUCCUUUCCCGGCACUUUGGAGCGCCGUGCUCUCCCACCUCGCGCCGGCAUUCUUCGCACACGGCUACACGGCCCUCGAAGUUGCGUGUCGGGCCAUUGCGACAUGGCCCGAUCCAGUCCCCGACGCACGCCUCGACCUCCCCCUCCUUUCAGAGGUUCUGCCCGUCAAGCUCCCCGACGCAACGGACAAUCCUCAAGUUGGAUGGGGUUGUGAUCCGAUCCUAGCCUCCCAUCCACCGAGUUCACCACUACGCGCAUUCGCAAGUUUCCUCCCUCACCUCUGGAGUAUAUGGGAAUGUUUGGUCCUCGCCGAGCCCGUAUUGGUCAUCGCGUCGGAUCCACGCACAUGCUCCGAGAUCGUGUGGUGGCUUCGAGAGCUGCUUCGGCCCAUUCCAUUGGCAGGAGACUUUAGGCCAUACCUCCAUAUCCACGACCACGACUUUUCGUUGCUUGUCAACUCGAACAAGCCCCAGGCAGGUGUGCUUGUUGGCGUGACUAACCCCUUCUUCCGCAACGCAGCAAGCCACUGGCCCAACGUCAUCGCUGUGCCAUUCAAGGGCGAGCAGCGAGCUCAACGGGUGAUAAACCCCGAAGGAUUCAUCAGCAAGCGCCAGCGCAGUGUACAAAAAGACCGCGCGCUGUUGAAGCAGCUUGAAAUCCUCGUGGCGGCGGGCAAGCUUGAUGACAAAACAGGCAACAUGGCGCUCCGCACCCACUUCCAACAACUGACUGAACGUUUCCUCGUCCCUCUAAAUCGAUACUUUCAAACCCUGGUCCCCCCGCCAACUUCGGGAAGUUCGACACCUCAUCGACCGUCCCUCUCGCGCGGCUCGUCCUUCACUUCGGGCGGUGUCCUCCCCCCUCCGCCAGCCAUGAGUUUGUCGGGUCUAAAACCAUUCAGCCUGCCCAGCUUUCUUGCCCAUUUGAAGAAACACGGUCCAAAUCCAUUGUCGUUCAAGUCCAAGGGCCUGGCAGGCAAGGCGCGGGUCGAGAACGACUUUUAUGCCGCAUUCUGUAUGGGCGCCUGCUUUGCAGGCUGGUUGGCGGCGCGCGUGCAGAGCUUGGGCCUGGCACUGGCGCCGAUGGGCAACGAGGGCCUGUUGACGGCGAGUGGGUUCAGCUCGGCCCGGGAUAGUGGUGAUGCCAGCUCGGCGCGGGGUAGUGGUGAUGCCAGCUCGGCCCGGGUUAGCGGGGACACGAGCGGGACGAGCGGGACGAGCGCGACGAGUGGGAUCAGUACCAGCGCGAGCGCGAGCGAACGGAGCAGCGUCGACGAUCCGGGGGCUACGCCGCGCGCGAUAGAGCCGUUCUUGCCCUUGGUGGGGGAUGAGAACGCGGCGCGGAGACUGGGGAGGCUGGGGAUCGCAGACUGA